UCCGAGCGCACUCGAGUGGCAGGCGACCUACGUCGCUCCUUGUGGCCGGAAGUUGCCGAUAUCGGGCUGUGUUCUCUCAGGCGUUCUAGUCACCCCGAGGGACGUCAUGACGCACGCGGACUCCCAGUCCGCCGCCGAGCAGAAGCUGCCGCCGGCGCUGAUGCGGGCCGCGCCGCCCGCCGGCAUCAGCGACAACCUCACCGUCAUCCCGCGCAAGAAGCACGUGUGCGAGCUGCAGACCAUCAUCCGCGACAAGACCACCUCGCGUAGCGACUUCAAAUUCUACGCGGACCGGCUGAUCCGGCUGGUGGUGGAGGAGGGCCUGAACCUGCUGCCCUACACGCCGGCUAGCGUGACAACGCCCACCGGCCGCCAGUACCAGGGCUUGCAUUACCAGCGUGGCAACUGCGGCGUCAGCAUCGUCCGCAGCGGCGAGGCGAUGGAACAGGGCCUGCGCGACUGCUGCCGCUCCAUCCGCAUCGGCAAGAUCCUCGUCUCGUCCGACCUGGACACGCACGAGGCGCGCGUCGUGUACGCCAAGUUCCCCGAGGACGUGGCCGAGCGGCGCGUGCUGCUGAUGUACCCCAUUAUGAACACAGGCAACACAAUCGUGCGCGCGCUGCACGUGAUGCGCGAACACGGCAUCCAGGAGGAGAACGUGAUCCUGCUGACGCUGUUCUGCACGCCGGCGGCCGCGCGCCUCGUCACCGCCAGCUUCCCCAACCUCCGCAUCCUCACCUCGGAGAUGCACCCGGUCACGCCCAACCACUUCGGCCAGAAGUACUUCGGCACCGACUGAGCGGGUGGUCGCCGCUGGGAGGCUGGUCUGCGGACCGGGAGGGGGUGAUACGUGGCGCGAGCGGCGGGCGGCGCCGUCCUGCUCAGGGUAGCGAGCUUUGACGCCGAGUUGAGCGCGGAGUCGACUCACGACGGGGUGUCUGGGACCCGGGGCUGGUUUAAUUUGGUCGAAGAUGUUUAUGUGUUGGCGAAAGCUUGCAGUUCUGUAUGGCAUUAAUAGUUUUCCGCGCUGGGCGCCUGGAUUACUCAUCCCUUGCUAUAGGUGUUUUUGCUUUUGCGUGAGAGCGUUACAUAACCCCGUCCGAAGAAAUAUAGAGUUUUGGUUGAUGA